CUGGUCUUCCUUUCCUUCUUGGGUAGUUUUUGGCUGAUCCUCACCUGACCAUCUCGCACGUCAACUACUCCCUCGACCAGUUUCAGCUCUUGUUCCCCUCGUUGAUGGUGGUGGUGGAGCAGAUCAAGAGCCAAAAGAUCCAUGGCUGUCAGAUCUUGGAAAUCGUCCACCGGCAUAGCCAAGGGGGCUUGCCCCCCGUGCGUCAUGCUUUGGAGAAGGUCUUGGCCGUGUGCCACGCGGUCCUGUACAAACAGCUCUCAGCCUGGAUGCUGCACGGAUUGCUCCUGGACCAGCACGAGGAGUUCUUCAUCAGGCAGGGUCCCUCGUCGGGGAUUGUCCCUGCCCAGCUGGAGGAGGAAGAGGACGACUUGGGCAUUGGAGGUCUGACGGGGAAGCAGUUGCGAGAACUGCAGGAUAUGAGGCUGAUUGAAGAGGAAAAUAUGCUGGCACCUUCUCCCAAGCAGUUCUCCCUGAGGAUAGAAAUGUUGCCCUCCUACAUCCCUGUGCGCGUGGCUGAGAAAAUCCUCUUUGUGGGCGAGUCCGUCCAGAUGUUUGAGAGCCAGAACGUGAGCUUUACAAAAAAAGGCUCCAUCUUGAAGAAUCAGGAGGACACGUUCGCUGCAGAGUUGCAUCGCCUCAAGCAGCAGCCGCUCUUCCAUUUGGUGGACUUUGAAUCUGUGGUUGACUGGAUCCGGAGCACCGUGGCUGAGCACUUGUGGAAGCUGAUGGUGGAAGAGUCCGAUUUGAUAGGACAGCUGAAAAUCAUCAAAGACUUUUAUCUCUUGGGGAGAGGGGAAUUAUUCCAGGCUUUUAUUGACACAGCACAGCAGAUGCUCAAGACGCCUCCAACAGCGGUGACAGAGCACGAUGUCAACGUGGCGUUCCAGCAGUCAGCCCACAAAGUGUUGCUGGACGAUGACACCCUGCUUCCUCUCCUUCAUCUCACCAUCCACUACCACGGAAAGGAGCAUCGAGAUGGUUCUCAGGCGCGUGAAGCCCCUUUGCGUGAACUCUCACCCCACGAGUCCCCGACCUCUGGCUGGGCUGCUCUGGGGCUCAGCUACAAAGUCCAGUGGCCUCUGCACAUCCUCUUUACUCCAGCUGUCCUAGAAAAGUACAAUGUGGUCUUCAAGUACCUCCUGAGUGUGCGGCGCGUGCAGGCCGAGCUGCAGCAUUGCUGGGCGCUGCAGAUGCAGUGCAAGAGGCUGAAGUCCAACCGGACGGACGCCAUCAAGUGGCGGCUGCGGCAUCACAUGACUUUCCUGGUGGACAACCUCCAGUACUACCUGCAGGUGGAUGUCCUGGAGUCUCAGUUCUCGCAGCUCCUACAGCAGAUCAACUCCACCCGCGACUUUGAGAGCAUCCGACUGGCCCACGAUCAUUUUCUGAGCAACCUCCUGGCCCAGUCCUUCAUUCUGCUGAAACCGGCUUUCCACUGCCUGAACGAAAUCUUGGACCUUUGCCACAGCUUCUGCUCGCUGGUCAGCCAGAAUCGAGGGCCCCUGGAUGAGCGAGGGACUGCCCAGCUGAGCAUUUUGGCCAAGGGCUUCAGCUGCCAGUCGUCCCUCCUGUUCAAGAUCCUCUCCAGCGUUCAUAACCAUCAGAUCAACUCGGACUUGGCGCAGUUGCUUUUGCGCCUGGACUACAACAAGUACUACACGCAGGCGGGGGGCACCUUGGGCAGUGUGGGAUUAGAGUAGAACAAGCCCACGGCAAUGCUGACCCUUCCCAGACCGUGGCCCCGGCUGCCCCGUCCUGACCACUCUGGAGAGAGAGGGCUGCCCUCUCAACAGAGGCCUGCACUGUCCACGGCGCUUCUCCUAUCGACGCACGAAAGGCUGGCCUGGCCUGCCCGUCACGUGACAGAGGGCAACGGCCCUCCCUGCUCCCUUCGGGUUCUGUGAGCGUCAUUAAAUGUCUCUAGUGCUGC